UUCAACGAAUUAAUCUUUCUCCACUGGCGUCCACUUCGAUCAAUUUUUAGUAACAUUUUUUUGCUCCUUGUUUCAGGAUACUCAAAGUAUUAUCCUUAUUAUUACAUCGACAAGAGAGAACGCGAGGGUCUCUCCUGCGUUCCAACGUUCGAAUACGAUGGUUUACAGCCAAGAUCCAAGAUCGAAGUUAAACCUUGGUCACUGCCCUGCAUCCUAUACAACGUGAAGGAUUCAAGAACGUUGGACGCUUUUUUAAACAAAGUCGUUGGAAAGAGGGGUCCCUACGAUUUGUUCACAGGGCCGAGAGACGACACCACGAUCAAAAAUUACUUCGCAAAACCGAAAAUAAAAUUCGACAACUGGCCCAAAUCGAUCCCUGGCGAAAUGGACAAAUUAAAAAAGAAAUCGAAUUAUUACAAGGGACGUUGGAGCACUUGUCCAAGAUUUCUAAAGGUAUCGGGGAUAAGGAUGAUGUUGAAAAACAUAGCGUUGUGUUACAAGGAUCCAAAGGAGCCGGGACCCGGCCAUUACGAUCCCAAGUCUCCGAGGAAGCCAAAGAAUAUGAAGAAUUAUCCGUUCAACAUGAACAGCGAGUUCAUCAGACCCCCUCCGUCGACGGAAAUUCGUCCUGGACCAGGAAGAUACAUAAUCGAGAAGAAGAGAGUUAUAGAAGGACACGGAUGGACAUACGUCUUUAAGAGCAAAGCUCCACGAACCAAAUUUAUUUACAUCCCCUCGUACAGUUAUUUCUAAUUUUUCCCUCUUCGUUUCCCCCUCUUCGUUCCAAUUUGUUUGUUAAAAUACGACUCGUUAUUAAAAUAAAAUAUUGAAUUUCGAGGGAUA